AUGAGGAUCGAUGACUGCAGCGACAUGCGCAGCAGCAGCGCAGCAGCAGCAACGCCGAGUCUAGAGAAGAUGAACAACAACAGCAGCAGCAGCAGCAGCAGCAACAGCAGCAGCAACUGCAGCAGCAGCAACAAGAACAGCAGCAGCAGCACCAUAAACUUGCAGAAGACGGUUGAGUCUCCUACAAGUGAAGACAGCAGCAGCAGCAGCAGCAGCAGCGGCAGCACGACAACGAGCAGGAGCACGAGCAGCAGCAGCACCACCACCACCACCAGCAGCAGCAGCAGCAGCAGCAGCAGCAGCAGCACGAUGGAGAUACAUGGUUGCGGUGGCGGUGAGUGUUUAGUUUGUUACGACGAUAUAAAUGAGGAGACAUAUUGUGAAUAUAAAAAAAAAGGAGACAGCUGCUGGCACCCCUCUCUCUUCUGCUAUCCCUGCGUGCAGCAGCUGCAACAGUCACAGACGGGGGAAGCCCGGGAGAAGCUGUGGAGUGAGCUCCGCGCCUUUCUCAUCGAUGGCGAGCAGACUGAAGACCGCAAGAGCCCCACAAGCUAG